UAAAUUAGUCCCAAGGUCGAAUCCAAUAUUAUAUUUACGCUGGACCGAUUGAUAUUCAUUUUACGAAUUUACUGUAUUAGAAUGGUUAAAAGAACGUAAAAUCCUGAUUACAUUGCUGUGAAUACCUCUAGAACUCAACAAUGGCAUAUCAACAACAGCAGCAGUAUUUCCAGAAUGCUGCAUAUCAGCAACAGUUUCAACAGAAUGACCCAUACUUUCAACAACAGCAACAGUAUUAUGCCCAACAGCAAGCAUAUGCUCAACAGCAAGCAUAUGCCCAGCAACAGCAAGGAUAUGCCCAGCAACAGCAAGCUUAUGCUCAGCAGCAACAAGGAUAUAACCAGCAACAGUAUGGGCAAACUCAGUUGGAAACCCCUGCCCAACAAUCUGAAGCAAUUGAGAUGGAUGAACUGGGUGAUGGUGAUGAGGAGUCUGAGCAAUCAGAAAUGGCCUUUGAUUUUGAUGAUAUUUCCUGGGAUAAUAUUGACAUUGAUCGUAUGAUUGGUCCCCCUGUUAUCUGGGAUUACCCAAAUUUGAUGGAGACUGUCGUUGAACAACCCUGGACCUUUAAGCAACUAACAGGUACAGGGCAUCCCUUGAAGUGGCACUUCACAAGGCAGUCUACUGAUGAUACUGUGCACUGGACAUUCAGUAGACAGACUCCCAAAGCCUCUACAAUUCAUUGGUCUUUCGAUCAAAGGCUACCAAGACAAACUACGGUUCUAUGGAGUUUUCAACGACAAAUGCUAAGUGGAUCUUCGAUCAAUUGGGGAUUCUUACGACAAAGUCCAGGGCAGAGUACCAUAAACUGGAGGUUCAAGCCCCAAACAUCGACCAUUCACCCCAUUAACUUCAACUUUCCUAAGGUUACUCCACAAUCUACAAGUGUGAACUGGAGUUUUCCCAGACAAAUCAAAGGAUCGAAUGUCCAUUGGGGAUUUCAAAAACAAACACCUACUGGUGCUUCAAGUGUUGUCAAUUGGACAUUUGCAAGGCAGACCAAUCUCCAUGGCAAUGUUAAUUGGGGCUUUGAAAAAGCCUUACAGAUUCGUGAUCAAGUUAAAUGGACUUUCCCGAGAGUAACUGCAAGUAAAGGUAACGUCAACUGGGGCUUUACCAAGGUCACACCCACUAAAGGUUCUGUAGCUUGGGGUUUCAAGCCAGCUCUUGAUAAGAACAUCUGUACAGAUGUUAAUUGGAACUUUCCAAAGAAUCUUCAGUCAGCCCAGCAAACAAUGACCUGGAACUUUGAAAGUAAUGUGGGUUCGAUAAAGCCUUUAAAAUGGCAAUUUCCCAAAGCAUGUGAUUACAGGGAUAAAACAAUUGAAGAGGUUAAGAAUGAAAAUGUUAAUUUUAAGGAAACAUACAACAACAAUUACCACAAACCGCAUCAUGAGUAUAGAAAUGUUAGGGAUUAAAAUGGGCCAAACAUAUAAAUAUCACAUGUUGCGAUAUUAGAAAAUACUGUUCUCCUUGGCUGAUAUAAUAGGAUCAUAAAUGGGAAAUAAAAUGGACCAUUUUUCAUCCUUCAAAUUUUAUUUAAAAUUUGUAUAUACAGAUUGAUAAUACUACUGCAUAGUAAAAUUCUUUGGUCCCUUUUUGUUCAUUGACAGUACAGUAUUUACUAAAAAGUUAAGUAGUAUCCAUCAAAUGUUACGUGUUUUCAACCAUAAUAAAAAAAUUCGACAUGUUUUAUAACAUUAUAAUUCAUCCAAAAAUGAAAUCAUUUGAACCUGAAUGUACAAUUUGGCCCAAAAAUAUUCCAGAUCAUUUAAACUCAAUGCCUCAGUCACAUUUGCUCUCGAUAUGGAGAGUGAAUCGCUGCCAUGUUCCCUGAAAUUGUAAAAUACCUUUGGCAGCUAUAGAAAAUCAAUGAUCCCCUCAUAGUCGCCGUAUGGCUGCAUGCACCUUUUUACAUGCUGAAGGUACCCCUUGCAUUCAUUUGCAUCUCCAUUGGUGAUUGUUAAAAGCCUAUGGCCUCUUGGGAUGCCAGGUUUUCUGUCUGCACUAAUUCAAAAGAUGCUGUAGCAUAUGUGACUGUAGAAAUUCUAUGAUGGCUAUUGGCCAAACGGGGGCGUAGCCAGCAAAUGUCGUCAGCAGGGAUGCGAUUUUAAGCAAAUAUUGUGUAUAAUGACCAAUGAAAGCAAAUGGUGUAUUUGAUGCAUACUGUAGAUACAGACAUUGUUACUUAGUAUCCC